AUGACAGAUUUGAAAGUUGAGAAUUUAAGAAAGGGAGCGGAGCCAGUCAACAAUGCCGCCAUUAUUGACAUGAUUCAGACCAACAUAUUUGAGGACAUUGGAUGUGGUCCGUUAUGUCGGGUAAACCCUCUGACCGACCGAGGGAAAAGAUUCCAACUGAUCAAGAUUCUUUGCCUCACCGUUAUACCAAUCAUGGGAGUGUGGGGUUUUACGAUGUACUCCCUAUCUGACAGUGUCAAAAGUAAAUCCGACAUUGAAGUGGCAAAGAAGUCUAUGACAGUGGUUGUGAUGUUAGGCCGACUGAUACACCGUCUGCAGCGAGAGCGGGAUAUGAGCGUGCUUUACCUCAGUGACCUUGGGCCUGGCACAAAAACCUUCCUGCUGGCAGAAUAUAUCGCCACUGAUGAUGCUCUACAACGACUAUCCAUAUGGCCAGGUGAACUGAAAGUAAGCCCACGAGAAGAGUUUCGGAGCAAAGCCAGCCUAAUGACGUACAUUUCUCAACACAGAAAUUUCCUCAAUCCAGCAACGGUGGAUCUUUAUGUAGAAAUCAACUUUUAUAGUUCUAUAACAAGAGAGUUUCUGGAGUGGCUUGUAGAAAAUAUUAAAGGUUCGGGGUUUGGAUCGACGUGGAAGACUUUGGUUGCCUACCAAAAAAUUACAAGAUGUAAAGAAAAUAUAGGCGUGGAACGCGCGUACGGUGCAAUGUUUUAUGCCUAUGGAGGAUUUCCUAGUUGGAGCGACUUUGAGUUCUACAAUGAACAGAUUCAUGAUUUCAAGUACAACUACAAGACGGCAGUGUUUUACUCGGCUCUUGUCGUUCCACUACACACAGAGGAAGUGAAAGAAAUCAAAUCGUCUGGUCUCAACAUUACCUCCAUCAUGAAUACUUACAGAUAUGAAAUUCAGUACCACGAUCCGCGGAAGAAUUAUACGUCAAAUGAGAAGGCAAAGUGGUUUUUUGACAACAUGACAGAAUAUUUGGAUUCCUUGUUGUUGAUCCAAGAAGAAGUGGCACACAGAAUAUCAGAGGAAGUCGACAUUGUCUUGGCUCAAGUUGUUUUCAAGGUCGUAGUGUACGCUGUUCUUGUUGUUGUUGUCAUUGGCAUGUGCCCUAUCAUCAUGUUUUCGUCUGAAGCUUUGGCAAGCGACAUCCAAAAGUACACCCAGACAUUAGUACAUAAAACAACAGAGCUCAAUAUAGAGAAACAUAAAGCCGACACUCUUAUCUUUCAGAUGGUCCCUAAAUCGAUUGCCAAGAAACUAAAGGGUCAGUGUUCAUAUGUGGAAUCAGACUACUUUAAAAGUGCGUCGAUCCUUUUCGCUGAUAUAUUCGGGUUUAAUCAGAUCUCGAUGAAACUUUCACCUAUGGAGUUGGUCACGUUUCUACACACACUUUACUUGGCACUGGAUGAACGAAUAGAUAAUUAUGACGUCUACAAAGUGGAGACAAUCAACGACUGUUAUAUGGUUGCGUCAGGUAUUCCUACGAGAAACGGCGAGAACCACGUUGCAGAGACUGCCACCUUGGCACUUGACCUUCUGCACGUGAUGAACCACAUGACCUUCCCAUUUAACAUAAACAGAAACGUUAAUAUCAGGAUUGGAAUUCAUACAGGUGCGUGCAUGGCGGGUAUAGUUGGAACAAUGAUGCUGAAGUAUUGCCUUUUUGGUCCCACAGUCUAUAUUGCAAACAGGAUGAAAUCGAAUGGGCUCCCGAAUAAAAUCCAUAUCAGUAAUCAGAUGUUUUCAAGCCUGAUGAAAUGUGGGAAGUUUAAGAUGAAAGUUCGUGGAACUAUAGACGUAUCGCCGACCAUAAAGAUGACGACAUACUGGCUUUUAGACAAGAAUGAGUUCGAUAGUGGGAACUUGAAUCCAAAUGAGAGAAACUCCAUUGAUGACAAUAUUUCUGCUCCUGGCAGUCAAAAUGUGUCAUCAUACUUUAAUCGGAAAAGGAAUUCUGUACAAAGUGUUGUUUCAGACUCCAGCGAUGACAACAAGGGCCUGCCUCCCUCGUUGUUGAAAAUGCCAGCAAAUGAGUGGAAAGAAGAGGAAAUAUUUGAAAAAUGCUAAAAUUUGUUUCACUUUAACAUAGAUAAACUUAGUUCUGGUAAACCCAGUCUCGAAUGGCACAGAUUUUGAAUGGACUUCAGUGGACUUCAUGUAUAUAUCAAAAGUCAACAACUGCUGUUGAAUUAUUAACUGGGAAACAUAUCGAUAUAACCGUAUUUCCAUUUUAUUUUGAUAUUUAUCUGGGUAACAUAUGUUCGGUUACCUUCCCUUGCGUUCAUUGACGCCAAAGAAACAAAAUCCGGCAGCCAUUUGUCAAAAGUAUAAUAGACACUUUUGAGAAAAGACAAAAAUCGCUUCAAUUUGUUAUUUGAACAAUUAUGUGCGCAAAUAUUACCAUCUAGAUGCAAAUAAUGAAGUUUAAAACAUAACCAAAUCUGGUUAAACAACUCGUGAUUGCAGUGAUGUGAUGUACCGUAAGGGGAAUUAAUCGAUGCGGGGAGUUUGCAUAUUGAUAUGGUCUAGAGUUCUAUUUUUUUUUUUUUCGUUGGUUUUCCAAUUAUUUUACCACAGAAUAUAUCAUUCAUUUAUACGUCUAAACAGUGGUCAAUUAACAUACGAAUGUCAGUUUAUUAUCUAAUCCCCAUUUACCCACAUCUAUCUAGGCUGCCGUCUUUUUAUCUUGUGUGAAGUUUUUGCCCAAAUUUGCAAAACGUAGACCGGGUACCAUUGAUAAGAGUAUCGGUAGAAUGAGAGCAAGUCUAUUGAAUUAUAUUUCCCUUACUGGAAAGGUUUGCAGCUCAAUGUUUUCCAGUGUACCUCUAUUAUUUUCAUUAUAAGUGAGAGUUUGUUGUUAUGGAUGUUAGUGUGGAAGUUUUUUGUAUGAUUAUCAUGUCUCGCGUGGCUCUUUGGCGACAUACUUGUUCUGGACCGGUGGACCUUCUGUCCAUCCGUCCAUUGUAAAAUCGUGUAAGCUCUAUAUCUUUUAUCAUGAAUGAUAUUCAAAAACCUUUUAAUGUUUGCCAUAUUUCAGAAUGUGCAGAAUACAAAUUUUAGCCAUAGAUCAGAGGUAAAAUAGGCUGUCCGCCGGAUCUCUUUUAAAUUAAAUUAAAAAAAAAAACAGUUAACAUGUUGACGUAUUAUAGGCUACAUUUCUUGAGCAUACCUUCACGGAAACUAACACAGAAUGUAUUUGUACUGUUAUACCAGAGUUAUAUCCUUGAAUUAAUUCAUGUAAACAU